CAACACCAGCCGCCAUUUUGUUUCAGGCAUCCGUCUGUUUUGUAAUUUGUCAUCCGUGGUUAUGUUUUUCUUGUUUCGUGUUAAAUUUUUCAAUAAAUAAAGGAUAGGAAGUUUUGCUUACAUCAUCAAACCUCUAUCUGUGUAAACUCUGUAAUUUUUACAAGUUUACAUUUUGUUCGAGUGAAAUAAUGAGUUCUCGUCAUAGAGACCGAAGUCGCUCCCGAUCUCGAGACCGCGACAGACAUAAGGAGAGGGAUAAGGGUCGCGACCGGGAUAAGGAUAGAGACAGGGACCGUGACCGGGAUCGUGAUCGUGACCGGGAUCGCGACCGCAACCGAGACAGAGACCGCGAUCGAGAUCGGGAUCGCCACCGCUCCAAGAGAGAUAAAGAAAGAGAUCGUAGCCGAAGUCGUGAGAGGCACAAGGAAAAGAGAAGAUCACGAAGCCGAAGCCGAGGGAGGAAAUCUAAGGAUAGUAUUUUGCACAGGGAUGGCACCAUAGCGCUUCUGGACAAGAUGGUGGGCACCACUACGAAGGCGACUGCGCGCGCCGUAGCCACGCCCACUACUAUCAACUCUGCUACACAGGCUGCUAUACUUGCAGCCGCUGCUGUUGCACAGACGUUCGUAGCCCAGCGGCGCAUGGCAGCGCCGGUGCAGCCGGCCGCCGCCGCCGCCGCCGCGCUGUCGGCCGCCACCGCCAUCCCCACGCCCACCUCCGUGCAGCAGAAGCUGGAGAUCCUGCAGGCGCGGACGGAGCUGCGCUACCGGGACAAGCUGCCGUACGACCACCCCGACGAUGACAAGGAAGAUGGACAAGACGAUGACGAUUGGGCAGGUCCGCCGGGCGAGUCGGCGGCGGAGCGGCGCGCGCGCAGGCGCCGCUCACGCUGGAUGGGCUCCGAGCACGACAAGACCUUCAUCCCGGGCCUGCCCACCGUGCUGCCGUCCACGCUCACCCGGGAGCAGGAGGAACAGUAUCUAUUGCAACUGCAGAUCGAGGAGGUGAGCCGCAAGCUGCGCUCCGGGGACCUGGGCAUCCCCCCCAACGUGGAGGAAAGGUCGCCGUCGCCCGAGCCGAUCUACUCGACGGACGGCAAGCGGCUGAACACGCGUGAGUACCGCACGCGCCGCAAGCUGGAGGAGGAGCGACACCGCCUCGUGCAGAGGAUGCAGCAGAUCAACCCGGACUUUAAGCCGCCGCCUGACUACAAGCCGCCCAUAAUCCGCGUGCACGACAAAGUGAUGAUCCCCCAGGAGGAGCACCCUGACAUCAACUUUGUGGGACUGCUCAUUGGACCCCGUGGGAACACGCUCAAAGCAAUGGAGAAGGAGACGGGCGCGAAGAUCAUCAUCCGCGGCAAGGGCUCGGUGAAGGAGGGCAAGGUGGGGCGCAAGGACGGGCAACCGCUGCCCGGCGAGGACGAGCCGCUGCACGCCUACAUCACGGCCACCAACGCCGACUGCGUCAAGAAGGCGGUGGAGAAGAUAAAGGAGGUGAUCCGGCAAGGCGUGGAGGUGCCGGAGGGGCAGAACGACCUGCGGCGCAUGCAGCUGCGCGAGCUGGCGCAGCUCAACGGCACGCUGCGCGAGAGCGACGCGCCGCGCUGCGCCAACUGCUCCGCGCUCGACCACAAGACCUGGCUCUGUCCGGACAAGCCGAACGUGACCAACAGCAUCGUGUGCUCGUCGUGCGGCGGCGCCGGACACAUCGCGCGCGACUGUCGCGCCAAGCGGCCCGGACACGCGCCGCCCCGGGCGCAGCAGGACAAGGCUAAAAUUGACGAGGAGUACAUGUCGCUGAUGGCCGAACUGGGCGAGGCUCCUCCCCCGGGCACGGGCGGCGGCUUGGGGGGCGGGGGUAUGCGCAGACCCUCGCACUCGCCUUUCGGCCCCGCGCCGCCCCCACGAGCCAUCAUGGCUGCACCAGGCGCCCCACCGUCCAUGCCCCCUCCGUCGCCGUUCCCGCACAUGCCGCAUCACGCGCCGCACCACGGCCCGCCGCACGGCCCUCCGCACGGACCCCCGCACGGACCGCCGCACGGCCCACCGCACGCGCCGUGGCUAGGCAGCAGCUCGGGCGCCAACGUGAGCGCGGCGCAGCCCCCGCCGCCCGGCAGCGCGCCGCCCUUCCCGCCGCCGCCGCCCCCGCACGGAGACGGCCCCAUGGGUCCACCGAAUAGUGGCCCCGGGCCCCACAUGCCGCCGCCGCCACCCGGUAUGAUGGGCAUGGGCGGAGGCGGGCCGGGCUGGCGUGCCUUCCCUCCGCCCUGGGCCGCGCCCCCCGCCGCCUUCCUCGCGCCUCCUCCCCCGCCGCCGCCCGUCUCUUCCUCCUAACCGUUUGUCUAUGGCACGAGGCACGUGCGUCCAUAGCAUACACACGGCGUGUUCCAUUCCAAACUGUAGACACGAGUGACGCAAGUCUGUAGCCUAAUGAUAAAGGGGCCGGAUUCAUCAACGAGAGGUGGUGGUUCAAUCUCCGCCCGGUGGACUAUUCUCGUAUUAACUCCUGACAGUAUUUUCUGACUUUUGGAAGGAAUAUAGGUCAUAUUGAAAAAAAAAAAUGGCUAAUAUUCUUUCAAUAAAAAAAAUAUAAAGACGUCGCCGACGGAUAUGCCGGAUCUAAAGUGUCGAUUACGUAGAUAUGAGACGUAUGAAAUCACUCUAAGAGUCUAUGGACUUACGUAACGUAAGACGUAGUUAAAAGUUAGAAUACAGUAGGGUUCAGGUAUUACGUUUUUUUUUUUAAUUUUGGAGGUGUGUGUUACCUGCGCAAUUACAAGAUACGCCAUUAGUGUUUUAUCUAUACUUAUAAUAAAUCUGUAAAGAGGUCAAUUCUGUACAUGAAAUAUACUUUUAAACAAACUAUUGGGGUGAUUAGCGAUCGAUACUGAUGCAAAAAAUGCAAUCAGUCAGUCUGUCUGCCUGUAUGUUCGUUAUAGAAAUAAAAACUACUCGACGGAUUUUGGGCAGGUUAUACUUUUCAUCACGCUACGAUCAAUAGGAGCAGAGCAGUGAAGGGAAAUGUUGGGAAAACGGUAGAAGUUACUCCAUAUUUACAGCAAUACUAAUGACUAGUAAGGACUGGAUUAAAGAGGUCUAAGGGUCGAAGUCGCGGGCGUCCGCUUGUUGUAAAAUUAUGGAAAUAAACAAAUUCAUUUACUGGAACCCCAGUAGGUAUGAGGCUCCCAAAUGCAUAGUUCAGUUCACCAAAUUAGCUAAUGUUAAUAAACGCAAUAAUAAUUAAACAUGGUGCAAAAAAUGCACCAUGUUUAAUAUGUAAUGUGUACAAAAACUAAGCAAUAUUUAUAUUAAUAUAUUUAUCUACAAGCUAGUAGAGGUAACUUUUAUUUGUAUUAUAUAAAAUGUAUGCAUGUAUUCAUGCAUUGAUUGACAAUUUAAUUAUUUAUAUUGUGACACAUAAAUUGAUGAAUUGGAGUAUCGUUAAAUAGAGUGAAUUUAAAAGUCCACCAAAAUACAAUUAUUUUAAUAAAUGAUUACUAACCGAAUUUUAAAAUGGAGGAGGUUCUAUAUAUGGUUUUUAUUCAAUAUUUAUAUGGGAAUUCCGAGCACCCUGUAUAUUAUUCAGGAUUGUCUUGAAUCUCUUGCCGCAGGCCAUCUAAAGACCAUGGUACAUGGUAUGGUGCUUCGGCCCAUGAUUGAAGAACUGCUCUAGGUCAUACAAUAUUUGUUAUAGAUUUUCAAAAAUAAUGUAGUUUUAUUUGUAAGCCUGACGCACAAGGGGAAAGUUUUGUGAUAUGAAAAUCAAUAGUUCCGAGUGUACGAUUUUAAAAUCAAUUUAACUAUGACGUAUAUAUAUAAAAUCUAUGCGUUUUAUUAAUUUAUUUAUAAUCGAAAAUCAAUGCAUUAAUUGUUUGGAGUGAAGGGUUUGUUAGUACAAUACACAAGACGCAAAAAUGCAAAAAUGAUAAAAUUUUAAAACAUGAAAUCUAUUUAAAUAUUAUAUCUUAUCUUAUCUUGCAUAAUUGUUAUGUGAUCGCGUGUUUUCAAUAUGUAUUUUUGUUUUAUUUCAAAAAGUAAAUAAAAAAUAGAUGAUGUAUAAAA